AUGAGCACAACCACUGUCCUCACCACUACUGUGGAUUCCGGACAGCUUCACCAUAUUCGCAAGGUUUUGGUAGCUAACAGAGGCGAAAUAGCCGUUCGCUGUAUCAAAGCAUGUCGUGAGCUGGGCAUCCAGAGCGUCGCAAUCAUCACCGCAGCCGAUGCAAGCUCUUUACAUGCCGAAUUGGCCGAUGAGGUGUAUACUCUCCCUGGAAGCGAAAGCACAGCUUAUACCGAUGGGGAUGCUAUUCUGGAGAUCUGCGCAAACUGCGGUGCCGAUGCUAUCAUUCCCGGGUACGGAUUUCUCAGCGAGAAUGUCGAAUUUGCCGAAGCAGUGGCGAGGGCGGGAAUAACAUUUGUCGGCCCAUCCUCUGCAUCGAUUCAGUCUAUGGGUCUCAAGCAUGAGGCCAAAAGAAUUGCGGAAGCGGCGCACGUUCCGACCAUUGCUGGGACCUCUCUUCUGUCUUCUGCAAAGCAUGCAGUCGAUAGUGCUCGGCAGAUUGGCUUCCCAGUUAUGAUGAAGGCUACCGGAGGAGGUGGUGGAAUGGGUCAACAAAUAUGUCACAGUGAAGAAGAUGUUGAGCAGGCGUUUCUGCUGGUGGAAAGUCGGUCUGGUGCCCUGUUUGGUAACAGUGGAACAUUUCUGGAGAAGUAUUACCCUCGGUCUCGGCAUAUUGAAGUCCAAGUUGCUGGCAAUGGGACUGAUAUUGUCACUUUCGGUGAGCGCGAGUGCUCUCUCCAACGACGACACCAGAAAGUUAUUGAAGAGUGUCCAAGUUCAUUUGUGGAGCGCACACCUGGAUUGCGCGAAAGGAUGCUGCAGGCGGCGGUUCGAUAUGCCUCGCAACUCAAUUAUAAAAGUGUUGGGACGGUCGAGUUCCUUGUUGAUGACGAGACAGCGGACUUCUUCUUCCUUGAAAUGAACACUCGCCUGCAAGUGGAGCACGGGAUCUCUGAGUUAUGCUACGGAGUCGAUUUAGUUCAUCUGAUGCUUCGUCAAGCAGACUACGAGAAUGGAGGCCAGAAAGGUAUCCCUUCUGACACAUUAAAGAGUCUCGGAAGGGCUCAACCUUUGGGUUGGGCCAUUGAGGCCCGUAUUUAUGCCGAGGUACCAUUGCGCGACUUUGCCCCCAGCCCAGGUGUUCUUCAAUAUGUUCGUUGGCCAGAGGAUGAUGGAAUCCGAGUCGACACUUGGGUCAAGAGUGGCCAACGUAUCAGCGCCCUCUACGACCCUCUCAUCGGGAAGGUGAUGGCACAUAGCGUUGACGGUAGACUGGCUGCUCAGGAAAAGAUGCUUGCUGCUCUGGCCGACACAUCGCUUCAGGGUACCCAGACAAAUCUCCAAUAUCUGUCCAAAGUACUUCAGUCGACUGAGUUCACCACUGGGUUUACGUUGACAAACUUUCUCUCUACAUUUGAAUUUCACACAAAUGCCGUUCAAGUCCUGGAACCGGGCCUCUACACGACAGUUCAGGACUAUCCUGGUCGCCCCAUGGUCGGUCAUGGAGUUCCGCCAAGUGGUCCAAUGGAUGACCUGAGUAGCAGAGCGGCCAACGUGUUGGUUGGUAAUGAGGUUGGAGUUGAAGUCUUGGAGUUGACCAUGACCGGUCCUGAAAUCCUAUUCCACGAGUCAGCCGUGAUCGCUGUAUGUGGCGCUGAAAUGCCGAUUACGAUCGAUGGUAUCGACCAGCCCAUGUGGUCCAGAUUGAUUGUCAAGAAGGCCCAGACGCUUAAAGUCGGUGCUGUGGUUGGCAAUGGAAUCAGAGCCUACAUUGCUUUCAAGGGCGGUUUCCCUCAAGUCCCUUACUAUCUUGGCUCAAAGUCUACCUCACCGGAGCUGCAACUUGGUGGUCUUCAGGGACGCCGCCUCCAGUCGAAUGACAUUCUUGAGCUCUCUCCUCAGUCAAGUGAGUGGGCGGCCACAAUUGAGCCCAUGUCACUACCACAUGAAGCCAUCCCUGACUAUAACGUCUCGGAGAUCUACUGUCUUCAGGGGCCCUUCGGCUCGGACGAUAUUCUGACUCAAGAAGGACGAGAUACAAUCAAUUCAUCCACAUGGACCGUCGGCCCUAAUAGUGGCCGGAGUGGUGUCAGACUAGAGGGUCCACGCCUCAAAUGGGCUCGUAAGAGCGGUGGCGGCGGCGGAUCCCAUCCAUCCAACGUCUUCGACUAUGGCUAUCCCAAUGGCGGUGUUAACUGGACAGGAGAGUAUCCUAUAAUCUUUGCACGGGAUCGUCCCGAUCUUGGCGGGUUUGCUUGUGCUAUCACGGUUUGUUCCGGCGAGAUGUGGAAAGUUGGUCAGCUAAAACCUGGAGGGUCAUUUCGAUUCCGCGUAACUACUUUUGUUAAUGCGAUGAUGAUUGCACAAGCCAAGGAAGCCUGGCUAGAUACACUUCACCUGCACGCCAAGGGUGAAAAUAUUCGAAUCCCUUCUCCUCACAUCGAACUGGGUCCCGAGGCUACAUCUUCUAUUCUGAAAACAAAGCCAUCUUCUGCUCUAAAUCCUCGAGUCACAUUCCGACAAGGCGGUGAUACGAGCAUAAUCGUGGAGUUUGGGGAGCAAAUUGCAGAUCUACGAAACACCGCUUCUGUCAAGAUUCUAAGUGAACAACUCGACAAGCGAAACCUAAAUCGGGUUCGCUAUGAGCCGAAUCUUGCUACCUUGACCGUCCAUUACAAUCCAUUUCAGCUGCCUCAAAACGACCUGCUUGACAUUCUUGAUGAGCUCCAUUCCAACAUUGGUGAUAUAUCCGGAGUUCAGCUUCCAGUCCGAGAAAUCCACCUACCACUAUGUCUCGACCACCCAAGUAUUCAAGAAGCCACCCAGCGUUACAUGGAAAGCAUCCGACCAACUGCAGCCUAUCUCCCUGAUAACGUCGACUACGUACGGAAAGCCAACGCAUUGCAGUCUAGACAGGAUGUCUUCGAUUCUCUGCUGAAGACUCCGUGGCUCACAGUCGCAGUGGGUUUCUUUGUUGGCACGCCGAUCAUGUUCCCCCUCGACCCACGCUAUCUCUACACUGGGCAGAAGUACAAUCCAAAUCGAUCAUACACGCCCAGCGGGUCUGUAGGUCUUGGUGGGUCUUUGCUGGCACUAUACCCCAUAGCAUCUCCGGGCGGAUAUCAGCUCAUGGCUCGCACACUGAGUGCGUGGGACUCUGCAGGUACCCGACCUGGCUUCAUGCCGUCGAGACCGUGGCUUUUCAGCUACUUCGAUAUUGUGAAAUUCCAUGAGGUCACGGAGGCAGAAUUUGACAAAGCCGAGAGAGACUUCCUUGCCGGAAGAUACAGGUUCCAGAUCACGGAUUCGACGCUCGAUAUGGACCACUAUAUUGACAAAUUCGAUUUCGCUAGCCGGGAUCCUGACUGGCGAAAUUGGCGAAGUCGCCAAGCCGUUGCUUCGGUGGAGAUGGGCGAACUUGAACAGAGACUCUUCGACGAGUGGACUGCAGCCAAGGCUGUCGCCAGCGCCAGCGAACCCCAGGAGGAUGUUGACUCGCCAAAUAUGGUUCGAGUUGAGUCGCCUGUUGAUGCCAAUGUCUGGAAGGUGCAAGUCCAGGUUGGGGACAUUCUUGAAAAGGGUCAAGUUGUGGUGAUCCUGGAAGCUAUGAAGAUGGAGAUCAAUGUAUAUGUCACGGAUGCUCAGGUCGGUGCCCGAGUGACGUCUAUUCGCUGUCGCCCUGGAAAUGUGACUACUCCAGGGAGUACUAUCUUAGUGGCUAAAGGAUCAUAG